AUGUGUCCUGUUUUGUUUCUCGCUAGGUACUAUGCAACAGUGCACCCUUUAAAGAAGAGAAUAUCUGUGACGACCUGUAUCUACGUGCUGGGGGGGAUCUGGCUCCUGUCCUUUGCCUUAGUUGGGCCAGCCAUUGCUCAUACUUACCACAUAGAGUUCCAGCAGCAAGGCUUCGCCAUUUGUGAAGAAUUUUGGUUUGACAAAGAGACAGAGAGGCUGGCCUAUGCCUAUAGCACCUUGAUCAUCACGUACAUCCUGCCCUUGUCCGCGGUAUCCCUGUCGUAUAUUUGCAUCUCCGUCAAGCUGAAGAACAGAGUGGUCCCUGGCCAUCCUACUCAGAGCCAGGCAGAGUUUGAUAGACUGCGGAAGAGGAAGAUCUUCAGGCUCAUCGUGCUGGUGGUGACAGCCUUUGGGAUCUGUUGGCUUCCCAUUCACGUCUUCAACAUCAUUCGGGACAUUGACAUCAACCUCAUCAACAAACAUUAUUUCCUGCUUAUUCAGCUCCUAUGUCAUUGGUUCGCCAUGAGUUCCUCUUGCUGCAACCCCUUCUUGUAUGCCUGGCUUCAUGACCGUUUCCGCAGUGAGCUCAAGAAGAUGUUCACCUUUAAACGUAAAAUCAUUCCCACCAACAACUGUGUGGCGGUCAGCGUGAUGCUCUGA